CCUGAAGCGAUCUUGUAUAUUUUCCCUCAAAAAGUGAAAGGAUCUACCGCACUGUAACUCAUGUAUCCAGAACCAAAACAUACCCUCUAUUCAACGCUUCGGCUCGAGCCAAAUACUACACGUCUAGUCCGUCUUUUGCCGCCUGAGAGGGAUGAUGUCCAGAUAAGAUGCGAGCUCUUCAACUAUAUUUUACCAGAAAGAAGUGGCAGAAAGCAUCUAUAUGAGGCGUUAUCUUAUGUAUGGGGCAGCGGAAGUAAACCGUGUACAAUCUCUCUAAACGGAAUUGCCUUUCCUGUUACACAGAAUCUUUAUACAGCUUUAUCGCACCUCCGAGACCCUCAGCUAGAGAGGACGAUAUGGGUGGAUGCAAUAUGUAUCGACCAAGACAACGGCGAUGAGAAGAGUAUACAAAUCCCCCUUAUGCGGGCGAUCUAUGCACAAGCCGAUCGCGUUAUUGUCUGGCUGGGAGAAGCUAUAGAGGACGGUGAUAAAGCACUUAAAACAAUUCACCGCCUUGCAGAAGAUCAGAGUCUACAGGAUAAAUCUUUACUGGCUCAGAGCCAGAAGACAAGUAACAAUGCCUGUUUGAGGUUGUUACAGCGGGAAUGGUUCCAACGUAUAUGGGUGCUUCAGGAAGUUGGUGUCGCACGAUGCAUUUCUAUGGUCUGUGGCUCUGUGCAAAUAAACGGGCAUGUUUUCUGUGAGGGCCUCAGUACCUUAGGGUAUUCCCUCAAUUUACCAAGGAAUAUCCGUCCAGUCGUUCACCUUAUAAGGGGUGCACUUUUCCGACCAAGCUAUGAAAUUGAUUCUCGUGGAACACUAACUAUAGGAGAAUUGCUGGAUAUGUACCACAAUCAUCAUGCCACUAUACUGCAUGAUAAAGUUUACGCAUUGCUAGGCUUAAGUGUUGAAGAUGCUGAUAAAACCGAUUUGAAACCAAACUAUUGUCUUCAAUGGAAUGACGUCUUUAAGAAAACAUGGCUUGAGGUACCAGUCGCUGUAAUUAAAGGGAGGGGAUGGAUACUAGGUUAUGUUGAUUCUGUUGAAGAGAGUACUUCUAAGUAUGGCUAUCAACAGAUCAAUGUAAACUAUAAUAAUACUGCUCAUUUACUAGGUUACAAAGAUAUGUGGGGCACUCAGUGGACACUGCAAGCUUCCGCAGAAUCAAUUCAGAAAGGUAAUAUUAUCUGUCUUUUACAGGGAGCUCCAAGCCCUAUUAUUAUUGAGCUUUGCAACGAUCAUUUCACUGUUAUUGUGAGCACGUUAAAACUUCAGCUAGGGGGAAAUAUAAAAACCCCUGAUAUGGUUCCUGCUCAACAUAGUUUUCCUAUGCAGGAACGCAUCAAUGACAUUUAUAUGACAUGGACAAUAUCCUUAGCUGAUAAGGAAAGCAACAGUGGACUCAGAUAUCAAAGAGAGCUCAUCUCUGUGGCACCAUACUAUCAAGAGAAGGUUUCUGAAAAAGUGAAAAGACUGCAUAGCAUAUCACUUAUCAUUGGGGAUAUUCUAAUACAGAUACUGGAGAAAAAAGACCCUGAAGGCCAAAUAGGAUAUCUUCUGCAACACUGUGGAGAAAGCCUACCCAUCUCUGAAGAUGUGGUCAAGGCGGCAGCAGUAAAUGAAGGAUCAAGUGGAUCUCAGAUUAUACGGCAGCUCUGCGAACACUUUGGAAAGAGUCUACCUAUCUCUGAAGAUGUGGUCAAGGCGGCAGCAGCAAAUGAAGGAUUAGAUGGAUCUCAGAUCAUGCGGCAGCUCUGCGAACACUGUGGAGAGAGCCUACCUAUCUCUGAAAAUGUGGUCAAGGCGGCAGCAGCAAAUGAAGGAUAUGGAUCUCAGAUCAUGCGGCAGCUCUGCGAACACUUUGGAAAGAGUCUACCCAUCUCUGAAGAUGUGAUACUACGGCAGCUCUGCCAACACUUUGGAGAGAACUUACCUAUUUCUGAAGAUGUGGUCAAGGCGGCAGCAGCAAAUAAAAGAUCGAAUGAUUCUCUGUUGAGGCUCUCCCAUCAUUUUGGAGAGAACUUACCUAUCUCUGAAGAUGUGGUCAAGGCGGCAGUAGCAAAUGAAGGAUCGGAAGGAUCUCUGAUCAUACAGCAGCUCUGCGAACACUGUAAGCACUUUGGAAAGAGUCUACCUAUUACUGAAGAUGUGGUCAAGGCAGCAACAGCAAAUAAAGGACUGGUUGGAUUUAAGAUCAUGUUGCAGCUCCGCGAACACUUUGGAGAGAGCCCACCUAUCUAG